CAAUCACGGCGGAUUGGAGACAUCAGGUGAUCAGAUGAGCCGGGAUGAAGAGCAGUGGGACGGGACGACUCAGUCAGUCUGUGCGAAGACCUUACAUGAGCUUUUAGUGGGACUCUUUCCUCUUCACUUGUUGGGGAUCCCCGCCAUUCCACAGUCAGGAUGGCUCGAGAUAUGUCCGAUAAGGAGAUCCUGAAAAUGGAGCUGGAGCAGCUGAAGAAAGAAGUGAACACACAGAGGACACCCGUGGGUGCGAACUGCACAGAGACAGUCUCCUUCGUAGAGGCGCUGCUUCCCAAUGACCCGCUCAUCAAGGGCGUCCCCGAUGACAAGAACCCCUACAAGGGGGACAAGGGCGGCUGCGUAGUCACAUAGCACACAGCUGGAACUUUGUACGUGCUGCGGCAGAAUUCCCACAGACGCAAUGUACAGUACGGUAGCGAGAUCAGAUGUGUAAAGUGUGGCCAUUUGUAAUUAAAUGCAACUAGCUUCAACAAAGUGUCCUGACAAUUACUAUUAUUAUUGGUUUUUUAAUGACUUUUCUUUUAUGGCACUUUCAUGCUCAUGACGCUCAAAGCAGGUUAAGUGCUUCAGUCAAACUCCUUAUAGGAUUUACUUACAUGCGGCAGUGGGGCGCAUUGCCACGGCGUCACUUCCUGCUUCCCUCUGAAGCUCCACUUCAUCCAAUUAGAGUCUUUCCAGGUCAGGAAGCAGCUUGUGGCCCACAUGUUUAUUAACAGCAGGGUGAUUCAUUCAUUCAUUCAUUUAAUUAUUUGGAAACUUGACAUUAUUUCUUAGGAGUACGUUCCAUCAUGUACAAAUUUAGGGAUGCAGUUUUCCUUAAGAGUUUUGCUCUAAUUCCGGGUUUCCAUGGAAAAUGGAUUAUUUUGGGAAAGUAAAAUUGACCUUUGGGGCAGAAAUGAUUGUGCCCCAUGAAUUUGGCCGAGCAGUAAGUGUCAAGUCACAGGGGAAAAUAAACCAAACAACUACGUUGAUUUACAUGAAGGCUAGCAAGUUAAAUUCUUACUUCAAUCAGUGAAGUUUUAUAAUAAACAUCUGUGUGAUUUGGUACUGCCUGUUCAAGUGCACUGGGACAGAAAUAUUUGUGCCCCAUGUUGUCCCGUCAAUUGUUCACUUUAAAACUCAGCAUGAUGGCUUUAAAAUUCAGCAGGACGACUUUAUAUCUCAUCAUGAUGACUUUAAUCUCAGCACGACGACUACUAAUCACACCCUGUCGACUUUAAACGUUGUCACGACGACUUUAACUCGCGUCUCGGCUUUUUUUCUCUCUCAAUAGGUGACCCUAAUACGCCGUCAUACUGCAAAGACCUGUGUUUGUCAUUUUUUUUUAAAACUUGGGGUCAGAAAUUAUUUUGUCCCAUGGAUUUUGGAGACGACAACAAGCAGUCAUUUGAAAGAAAGGCAACAAUUUUGUCAGUUUACAUGAAUGGUAGCGAGCAAAACUCUUAGUUCAGUUUGUGAAGUUUUACAAUGAAUGUUGUCUGUGUGGUUUAAUACUUGCGGUUUCUAUUGAAUCGCUCUCUCUAUUCCGUGUGGGGCAGCAGAGACCUGCAUAUGCCUCUUUUAUUAUUAUUAUUAUUAUGGGCAUUGGGGCAGAAAUUAUUGUGCCCCCUGCAUUGUGCCGAGCAGCAAGCACAAAGUGAAA